GACUCUAUGCCACCGUGCCACGUUGGCGGUUUAGCGCUGCGCGCUAUCCUCAUAGAAGAGGCGUUGUUCCGUCAAUUUACCGUAUUGAUAUUCCCGAAUAUCCGAGAAUGUGAAAGCGUAGAAGCGUUGACCAAGUGUUGAAGGUGCAUUCGAGCGCUUAAAACGAAGUCUCGGCGAUUCGAGGAUUUCGAGGUGUGCGUUCGGCUACAGGGUGGGGCGAGAUUAAAAGCGAGGAACCGGGCCUGGGCUGCCCGAGUGCCUGCUUCGCUGGCGGACUCCCUGUGCGACCCUCGAUCGGCGAUGAUCGCACGUAAUGUUGAGUGCUGACCAGUGCUGACCGACCACCGAUCCCGAUUGUUUAAUUACAGUGAUGUCGUCAGACAUGAACCUGUUUGAUUUCCUGGACGACACGUUUCUCAAGGGGGACGUUAAAAAUGAGCUGUUUGUGGAUCACAACUUGUCCGAAUUGAGCUCGCUGGAGAUCGGCCACCACCUCAUCGAAGAUGUGGACCAUAACUAUGGUGACGUCAUCACGGCAGAAGAAUGCCCGACGAAUUCCGACGACCUGCUUGCCUCGAUCUUGAAGAUGGAGGAUCCACAUCUCGAUUUCAACUUGAUCGGGAAGGAUCUGGAAACGAUCGCAUCCUCUUCGUCGGACAGCGGGCUCUCCAGCGCGCUGAGUCUUUCCUACGAACAGCAAUUGAGUCCGUUUCUGACGAGGACGGACAAUAAUGAGGAAGAGGAGAUCGGGAAUUCGGACCUGAACAGUCCACAAAAUUUUGUGGAUUUUGAACCUGCGGCCAGUCCGUCUUUAGGUAGUGUAGAUAGUCCAAUCAGAUCUGUCAUGAGCUCGAAUAUCGGCUCGCCGACCACCGACCUGGCCGAAGAGAUGGAUUACGAGCAAUCUUUAGUUGCCAUUGUAACGCCAAACAAUACUACGCCGAGCUUGGGCACUACUAUCGCUACGGAGCAACCGGUAGUUGAUAUUGAUCCAGCACCUAAACAACAGCAACCUACGCCGCAAGAGAAUGCCGUAAAUAUUCGCAAUCUAUGUAACGGAAAGCGAAAUAUUCGACAAUUGAUACGCGUCACUCCAAUGGGCUCCGGUAAUCCGCGGUCUAUCCUAUUGCCAGUGAGUCUGAAGGAUAUGAAGGAAGUCCGAACUAUCAAGAUCAUGACGACACCAGCAAAAAAUUUGAAAGGCUUCAAGAUCAAUCAAGCAAACAUAAUCAACAAACCUAUUCAGAUGACUAUCAAACAAGAGGACUCCAAUAGCGACAAAGGUUGCAAUUCCAGUGAUGAAGUGACGUCGGAAACUGACUCGACUUAUCCACGACUAAAGUUGAAUGCCGAGGAAAAGCGAUUAUUGCAAAAAGAGGGUAUCACAUUGCCCAGUCAUUAUCCGUUGACAAAGCACGAGGAGCGUGAAUUGAAGAGAAUCAGACGCAAGAUUCGUAAUAAGAUAUCCGCGCAGGAUUCCCGCAAGAGGAAAAAAGAGUACGUGGAUGGCUUGGAAGAUCGCGUGAAACAGUGUACAGAGGAGAAUAUAACGUUGCUGAAACGAAUCAAAGCCUUACAAUCGCAAAAUCAAAGUUUGGCUGGCCAGUUAAAGAGACUGCAAGCGCUCAUACAGAAGGGCAACAAGAGCGCCCAACCGGCAACUUGUCUGAUGGUCUUGCUGCUUUCGUUAGCUCUCGUCGCUUUACCGAAUUUGCGACCACAUUCCAACAAUAACAGUAACGAUUUAACACAAGAGCAGGAGCAACCAGAAAAAACAUCACUCGCGGGUCGCUCGAGAACUUUGUUAUAUACGAAGCAGCUAAUGGACGAAGAACUACAGCAAUACGGCGAGGAGUUGUUACAGGAGGUCGAAGGUCUUCUAGAUCACGAUUACAGCCCGGUAAUUCAGAUGCCUCUGUACAAACGUCCCCGUAUUGACAGCGAACCUACUCCUAAGUACGUCUCUUCCGUAAACCAUGUGGGAGGAACGCUUGGCUUAAAACCAGAUCUUGCCAUCUCAAAGACGAAGAAACAGUAUAUCGAACCACCGCUGGACGACACAUGGCCACCGCCGAAUCCAGGCGGACAGAGGACGGUCAAAGUCGAUAAGCUCGAAGCUCUUACUAACGAGCUCAAGAUCAACAUCUCUGAUACCGAAGGCACCAGGACAGUUCUUGUCAAGAUGCCUCGUGACAAGUAAAACGGAAUGUGUAUGUUUAUCUUUUUUUUCUGCAGCGAUAAAGUAGUAUCUUUUUUAGUUUCGGAAUUUACAAUGAUUAGAAAUAUAUUUUACAGCGAAAUAUUUUACAAUUUUCGCCGGGGUUUUAAAGUGUUAUUGAUGAUUAAGUUCCAUUAAAACGUUUUUAUAUCUAAAACACGACCAUGUUCGACGAUUAUGUUUUAGAGAUGCAACGGUUGUGCAAUUAUAAAAUAUAAAAUUUUUGCGAAUAAGUAGUACCUAUACACCUGGAUAACCAUCAUUUUUCAAAAGCCAAUUAUUCGAUCGUAUUUUCUAAAUGUAGCCAAUACAUUUUUCAGCAGACAUCGAAUUAUCGAUCUAUUAACAAUGCUAGAAAUUUUUGGUCAUGGUUCUUAGAGCUGACCUUUUAUCUUGAUGAUUGGCUUUUUCAGCCAAUUGGUCGGGCCUUUCUUUUUUAUCUUUUUCCAAUUGGUCGAAUACCUUUUUUCUAGUGCCAUUGGUCGCCAUGGCUUGCUGCGGUAUACACGUAUGCGCCUAAAUGAAUUACCUAGAAAAUAAGCAAAAAAAUUAUCGUUAGUAAUUACCGUUAGUAAUUACCAUUAGUAAUUUUUUUGCUUAUUUUCUAGGUACUUCAUUUAGGUGCAUACGUGUACCGCAGCAAGCCAUGGCGACCAAUGGCAGUAAAUUUUUGGUCAUGGUUUUUAGAGCUGACCUUUUAUCUUGAUGAUUGGCUUUUUCAGCCAAUUGGUCGGGCCUUUCUUUUUUAUCUUUUUCCAAUUGGUCGAAAACCUUAAAAAUUAACAAAAUUGAAUAAAUUGGCUGAAAAAGCCAAUCAUCAAGAUAAAAGGUCAGCUCUAAGAACCAUGACCAAAAAUUUCUAGCAUUUAAUUGAACAAUGUUAAGCUGUUGUUACUAGAAAUAGUGGCUGAAGGAGAGAAUACUUUAUGUGUAAAAUUCUCUAAGAACUUUUACGGAUUAGACAAUAUUAAAUAUUUACUUAUUUAUAUGAAGAGCAGUAUAAAUACACUAUUAUUCUUACAAUUUUAUGAUUAUAAUUAUCGAUGUUUGAAAAUAGUUAUAUACAUAGGGAACUUUUUGUAAAUAAUUAAAUAUACACAUAUACACAUAAAAUUUAUAUAGAUAUUAUUGCUUCAAUGUUAAACGACAACUGGAAUAAAUAUAUGUCUAAUUAAUAGAAAUGUAAAACAGAUUUAAGUAAUUUACGAUUAGAUGUAUAUAAAUAUAUCCACAUAUAUGAUUAACCCUUGUCAUGAAAAAUAAUAAACCCAUAAUAAUAUGAUAUGUUAAUCACUCUUGGCAUGAUAUAUUAAUCGUACAAUUGUCAACAGUUCUAAUGAUCUCGGUCUUUGAUUUCUAUUAAUCCUUAAAUUCUCGGUUUUACAUACGCUUGAUUUAACAUUGUUUAAUUGAGGCUUUUUUAUCUCCUAACAUAUUCAUACACUUUUUUCUAUCUUAUAUGAAUAAUGCCAGUAUUUUUUUAAUAACUGAAAGAAAAAAAGAUGGUUGAUAUUAUCGAAAAAUUGUAUGCGUGUGUCUUUGCGUACAUGAGUGUAUGUGUGUGUGUGUCAAUCACGCUUCUAUAUGUGAUAUUGAUAUCCUUUUAAAAAAUGUUUAGCAUAAUGCAGCAUAAGUGGCAUUAUUUUAUAUAUGCGAUAGUUGUAUAAGCUACCCAUGCAAAUGAAAGAUUAUGGGAAAUGACAAGAAAUGGAUCAUCUAAUCUCCAAUGAUUUUGCAAGUAGCUGAUAUUGAUGGCGAGCAAGAACUUUUUUCGCCGAAAAGACUGUAUUAUAAGUAAAGUAUAUAUUGAAGUAAAUAUCGAGGUGUGAAGUAUAGACGUUUUAUUCCAAAUUCGUGAAAUAUCUCAUUUGCCUAGCAUACAAAACUAUUGAAUAAGAGUUUUUUUUUCUAUUAGAAUAAGUAAAGAGAUAAAUCACGAACUACUUUUCAUAUAUGUAUAUGCUUGACAGUAUAUGAAAUGCAUGAAAGUGUAGAUAAAAUAUGUUAUUGAUGCAUGACAAGUCAUUUUGUAAUAACUUGUACUUAUACGCUUGCUCAGAAAUAUCGACAAGAAAUCAAUUGAUCAUGUUCAUGUUCAUACAAGAAUAUAAAUCUUGAUAAUUCUGUUCAUUUCUGAGUAUAGUAUAUAGCUAUAUUUUUAUAUACAUGUAGAAAAUAUAAAAUGGUCUAUGUAAACAUACUAAAAUCACUAUAUUAUAAACUUUAUUCAAUGUACGUGUAUCGAUAUCAAUAAAUAAAAUGUUUAUGCGUGAAAA